CUGCCCUUUUUUUUAGCUUUGUGAAAGCUGAGAGUUUCAAUUUAAUUGAUCAUAGGCUAUGGUAAGAGACCUUCACAUUGUAGGUUAUGAUGAACAUAAAAAGAUAGGCGAUUUAUUAGACAUGGUCAAGAGAAUUACUUUGGUUCCCUGAGCCACUCAUCUCAUUUGAUACUUUAUCUCUCUCCUGCAUAGGAGAUCAGUUAACAUUGACUCAUCUUUGAGUCACCAGCUAUUGAGUUCUGUUAUGAGGGACUUGCAGCCUCUAUUAUCACUCUUGUUCGACGUAUAUAUAAAACCGCUUCAGAAAAUUUUGAAGCAUUUUAGAUCUUGAUCAGUCUGUGCAGAAUUAGGAGUUUAGAUAAAAGUGAACCUUUCAUAUUAGGUAGACGGUGUAUGGAUGAGCAGGUGGGAAAAGUUUCUUUGUAACGGUAUUUGUUAUCCUUGUUCGUUUUAGUUUCAUUACCACUUAGGAGUACUUUUUUCUCCCUAGGAGUACAGAAAUUAAAAUCAUUUUCCCAAGUAUGAACUUUGUCAGCCUAGUGCACACCAAGGAAUUCCAUAAAUAGAACAAUUCUGCAUGGGUUUCCUUAAGUCAGUUUCUUAAUAUAUUCAGUUUAAUAUAAGCCUUAGUUAAAAAGCUUAAUGACACGGAGGUAUAAAGGUGAUACCUAAGGUAGGAAAGCGCACUGGCUAUUAUUAACUUGUUUCCUUGUACUUGCAAGUUUAUAUCCUCACAAAGGACAACUAGUAUAGUGACUGAAAUCAUGGCCAUGGGAAAUCUGAAGUCCAAGGAAGACAAACAGCUAUAACCUUGAACAUCAUAUGUGGCGAAUGCUGAGUCCUGAUAUGGUUCCUUGUGGAAGGGAAGAAGUUUGCUGUCUGACAUGUCUCUAGGAGACCAGCCUUCAAAUAAAUAAAUAGAAAGCUUGAUAGGAAAUAUUUCUAGAGCACUUCCCUGUGCCAGAUGCUUUAUGUGAACUUCCUUGUCUAAUCCUUACAGUAACCCUAACAUAGGUGCUAAUUAUUAUCCUACUUUUACAGAUGAAGAGACUGAGGCUCUCAGAGUUGAAAUAGCUUGCCCAGGGUCUCAAAGCUAAUAAGUGUUGGACCUAAAAUUCAAAACCAAGCCCUAACUAAAUCCUGUGUCCUUAACACUGCUUUAAACUACCAUGUCACAAAGAAGCUGAGAAGUGAGGGAUGCUAAGUGCUUUAAAUUAUUUCAUGUAAUUCUUAUAACAGCACUGUGAGGUUGGUGUAAUUAUUAUCCUCCUUCUGCAUAUGAGGAAACUGAGGCUUAAAGGCAAGAGUUUGCUCCGGGUCAUAUUGCUACUAAGCAGCAGAAUGGGAUACCAAGCCAAGCUCUCUGGCUACAGAGUCUGAUCUUACCACAGUUCUGUACUACCUGCCUGUUUCCCCUCCUCAGGCAACUCCCUAUUUAGUUGGGAGGAGUGGGAGGUGUGGGAGAACUACAGAGAGACAGACAUGUAAAUGGGGUGAUUAGUGGCAUAACAGAAGUGUGUAUAAAGUGCUUUUAGAACACAGAUGGGGAAGCAAUGACCAGAUGGUGGGGGAGGGGGUAGGGGUGCUGGUUAGAGAGGAGGUGACUCUGAAGGAGAACUUGAAUAGUGAAGAGGAGCUUACCGUGUGGGGCUAGUUAUGGGAUCAGAGUGAUUAGCAGGCAGACAUGUCUCUCAGGAGAAAUAAUGUGGCUGUGUUAACCUUGCUAAGUGUGGAGGAGCUUGGUGUAUGAAUUGUCUUUUUAAUGUAAUAUCAGUUGAAAUGUCUACGUAAAAUAGAUUUGAAAUUUAGGUUCAUGGUUUACGAAUAUAGAAAAUUAAGAAUGUUUCGAACUAUUUGUACUUUGUUUUCUUUCUAGUUACGUGUUGUUUUGUAUUAGUGUGCCAUACUUUGCAUAAUAAUGUGCACCAUACAAGUUAUGGCUAAUAGAGGUUUGUGAUGAUAUUUAAAUGCAGCAGGAGAACUCAUUAUUUAAAGGACCACUGAGGUGCCUCUGAAGAACGUAAAUGAAGACACAUUUUGAAACAAUCACCACUGAUUUAUCUAGUUUAUAUAUUUGGUUUAGGAGAUUUGGGAGCACACUUAUGUUUGCUAGUUCCUAAUGUGAGAGAGUCAAGACUGUCAGACUGAAAGGCAAAAACCACACAGGACUCCCAAUUACCUAAUUUAUAUCUACUUGUUAUACUCUCUUCCUUAGGCGGGAUGUAGUGACGCUUGUAUUCCUGACCAUGAAAUAAGACUGUAGUCUCUGAGUGCCUGACUUUGAUUGGUCUCUCUAUUCUUGAAUACAGUAAACAUAUUUGUUGAAGGGAUGAGGUGACAUUUGAGCUGAUUGUUAAGGAAUAGUGUAGCUUUAGACAUAGGAAGAUGGGAUGGAAGUUCAGUGUAGGUAGGAGAAAUAGCAAAGGAACAGAAUCAGGACACUGUAUGAUAUCUUUAGGGAUUCAGUAAGGAGCCAGUUUGAUGAGACUCAAGCACAGAGAAGGAAGAAAACCAGGAUUCGUGUACCUGUUACAUGCUGGGAAUUCUACAGGGUGCUUCACAUGUAUGAACUCCUAAAUCUUUGUAAUAAUCCUGUGAGGUAGCGUUUUAUUAAAGAAAAUAAAAGGCACAGACUUUUGUUUUUGGUUAAGAAAAUAGUCUUUUUGCGGGGGGGGGGGAUCUGCAGCAGGGCAGAGCGCGGCCUCGGUUGCGGAGCAGAGCCGCAGGGUGGCAGCGGGAGCGCGGGGGGGCACCGGGGGCUUACGGCCCGAGAGGACUGGGGAAGUUCGCGCUGGCGUCAGUUCGCGCUGGCGGCAUGGGGCGGUGACGCCGCACUGGCCUUACGCUCCUGCCAGCUGGUUGAGAGCAGGCGGAGGAGGAGGAGGAUGCACCUUCGCCAACAGCUUGCCUUCCUGGGCCGGCGCGCAGGCACCUUGCAGAACAAGGAGUAGCUUGCUGACUUUGAACGCGUGGCAAAUAUUUCAGAAAGCUUCAAGAUCAAGGUGGAGAAAGGAACAGUUAUUCUUCCAAAUUCAUCUGCUUCAGCUAUAAUUCUUAUUGGGAAUGGACAAUGGAAUGUUCUCUAGCUUUAUCAUGAUCAAAAGCCUCCUUCUGUUUUGUAUUUCCAUGAACUUAGCCAGUCACUUUGGCUUUUCACAAAUGCCAACCAGUUCUGUAAAAGAUGAAACCAAUGACAACAUCACAGCAUUCACCAGGAUCUUGGAUGGGCUCCUGGAUGGCUACGACAGCAGACUGAGGCCUGGGCUCAGAGAGCGUAGUACUCAGGUGAGAACGGACAUCUACGUCACCAACUUCGGCCCAGUGUCUGACACGGAAAUGGAAUGCACCAUAGACAUGUUUUUCUGACAAAGCUGGAAAGACGAAAGCCUUCAGUUUAAAGGUCCCAUGCAGCGCCUGCCCCUCAACAACCUCCUUGCCAGCAAAAUCUGGACUCCAGACACCUUCCUCCACAAUGGGAAGAAGUCCAUCGCCAACAACAUGACCACGCCCAACAAGCUGCUGCGGCUGGAGGAUGGCACUCUGCUGUACACCGUGCGCUUGACCAUCUCGGCAGAGCGCCCAAUGCAGCUUGACUUCCCGAUGGAGGCCCAUGCCUGCCCUCUGAGAUUUGGCAGCUGUGCAUAUCCUAAUUCUGAAGUUGUCUAUGUCUGGACCAACGGCACAACCAAGUCGGUGGUGGUGGCAGAAGAUGGCUCCAGGCUGAACCAAUACCACCUGAUGAGGCGGACAGUGGGCACAGAGAACAUCAGCACCAGCACAGGUGAAUACACAAUCAUGACGGCUCAUUUCCAUCUGAAGAGGAAGACCGGGUACUUUGUCAUUCUGACCUAUCUCCCCUGCGUAAUGACUGUGAUCUUGUCGCAAUUGUCCUUUUGGCUGAACCGAGAAUCAGUCCCAGCCGGGACAGUGUUUGGGUUGACCACGGUGCUGACUAUGACAAGCCUCAGCAUCAGUGCCCGGAACUCUCUGCCCGAAGUGGCUUAUGCGAAGGCCAUGGACUGGUUCAUAGCCGUGUGCUACACUUUUGUGUUCUCUGCGCUGAUCGAGUUUGCCACCGUCAACUAUUUCACAAAGACAGGCCCAGCCUGGGACGGCCAAAAAGCCUUGGAAGCAGCCAAGAUCAAGAAAAAGGAGUGUGAACUUACACUAAAUAAAUCAACAAAUGCUUAUACUACUGGAAAGAUGACCCACCCCCCAAACAUCGCAAAGGAGCAGACCCCUGCAGGGACCUCAAAUGCCUCUUCAGCCUCAGUAAAACCUGAAGACAAGACUUCUGAAAACAAAAAGACUUACAACAGCAUCAGCAAGAAUGACAAAAUGUCCCGAAUUAUAUUCCCAGUCCUGUUUGGCACUUUCAGCCUAGUUUACUGGGCAACAUAUUUGAAUAGGAAGCCAGUGAUUAAAGGGGCUACCUCUCCAAAAUGAGCUGCCAUGCUCCCAAACUCCAAGACAGCCAUACGUUCAGUGACGGGCACCAAGGAGAGGUUGAGCUUGGGAGACCUCCCUUAUUUGGGCACUAUCUUUCAGGAAAUUUUUGCAUGUUUAAUAAUAUGUACAAAUAAUAUUGCCUUGAUGUUUCUAUAUAUAAUGUCAGAUGUUUCAAAGAUGUCACAUUGACAAAUCAAGCCACUUUCUGGAAAAACAGAAGACAAUGGCUCUGACACUCAGAUGCUCAGUAUCUUACAUUGAUAGUUUACAAACAAGUAUAUUUUUAACUGUUCCAAGUGUUACCUAACAAUGUUUUUUAUACUUUGAAUGUCAUUUCAUACAAAUUUUCCCAGCAAAUAAAUAUUUUAGGAAAUACUCCAUGAUUAUUACUUGACCAACUCUAACAAGAAACAAAUAUCACAAAGAGCACAUUUUUCAUUGAAAAAGAAACUGGGCAUUUAUGUACAAAACUAGUUACCUUUGAUAAUUCUUACUGUUCUGAAAUUAAAAGUACUGCAUGAUCUUAUGCUAAGAAAUAGAAUAAACAAAUAUUUAUGCAGACAUUUAAUAACAGAAAUAUAUGGUACAUUAGAUUAACAGAUACAAUGUUUCCCCAAGGAAAAAUUUAACUGCUUAAAAAAUAUUUUUUGUGGGGGAGGUGGGAAUGAAACUUACUUCUCUCCCUCCGACUCCCCCCACUAACUGAACAAUGAUCAAGAAAGAAAAGAUCUUAAAAAGUAGUGUGAUGACAGUCUUGGCAUUUAGCCUGAGCAUCCACUGUCUGAAACAUUGACCACACCUCACUGCAGCCAGUGUGUAGUGCUUCAGUGGCGAGAAAUUGUAAAUGAGUUAUUUUCCAUUUUAUUUCCCUGUAUGUUAUUUCAUGAUUGACUUAUUGCUUUAGCUUCUAUAUAUGAAUCUUAAAUGUUCAUUAAGAAAUAAAAAAAUAAAGGAAAAUAGUCUUUUUUAAGAAGAGGAAACACAAUUUUAGAAGUCAUAAAAUUCUAAGUAAUCAUUGAAAACCUGAACCAAGCCAGUGGGAAACACAGAAGAAAAGUAGAAGAUAUAUUUUAGCAAUAUGAAGUUGGGGAAAUGGAGGUGGAACUGGUUGGCUGGAGAAAGGGGGAAGUAAAAGGUAACUUCAGGUUUCUUAGAGUCUAUGAAAUCAGUGGUGCCAGUAAAACAGAGGAGGAGCAAGUUGGAAGAAAAGGUGUUCCAUUUACUUUUAAGCAUAAAUAUAUGGAAUUUAUAGAAGCAGUGAAAGCAAAUGAUGUUGCUAAGGAAAAUACAGAAGAGAAAGGAA